AUGGACAACUUGAAUGACACCGAUAUCAACGUUGGUGGGGUGACAGGAAACACUGCGAUCCCCAUUCCAUCGGCAGGAGAGGGUUAUGAUCAGGAAACAAUUGCCAGUCUGGGCCUCAUGGUUCAGUUUGUCCUCCUCGGAGUUGUAUUUUGCCUUGGGCAUGUUCUCAGGCGAAAUAAGAUCAUUAUAGUUCAUGAAGCUGGAGCGGCCCUCCUGCUAGGGGUGGUGGUUGGGUUGUUUGUAAAGAUGGUUGGCCAGGCUAGUGGGUUUAGCCAAUGGAUCAACUUCAACAACAACUUCUUCUUCUACUUCCUGCUCCCUCCAAUCAUCUUCGAGUCAGGCUGGAGCCUGCAAACGGAGCUUGGAGCGGACGGCAACUUGUACUCGCUCGUUUUUGGAGAAUCCGUUCUUAACGACGCUGUGGCUAUCGUCAUGUACAAAACUGUCCUGGCCUUCGUCUACACGCCCAUCAAUGAGCGCGGCGUCUUCCUGGCCAUCUGGUUCUUCAUCGUCAUCUUUGUUGGAUCCACCCUCAUUGGUGGCCUCGUCGGCAUGCUCAGCGCCCUCGUUUUCCGCUUUGGAGGGUUCUCAGAAAAGGGGCUGCACGUCAUUGAAUGCUGCCUGGCGUGCCUCUUCCCCUACAUCGCGUAUAUGUUGGCGAACGCCUGUCAGCUGUCGGGCAUCGUUGCCAUCCUCUUCUGCGGCAUUGCGAUGCGGCAUUACACGCACGACAAUCUCUCCGAGGAGGCUCAGAAGCUGUUAAGCGGCUUCUUCUCCAUGCUGGCCAAGCUUUCGGAAACCUUUGUGUUUAUCUAUCAGGGCGUCGCCCUUUUCCUGAAUCCUCAAGCCUGGGACAAGAGCCUCAAUUUUACGGUCAUCUCGAUCUUCGCCAUCCUUUUGGCGAGAUUGCUCAACGUGUACCCUUGCGCGUGGGUAAUCAACAUGUUCCGGCCAGCAGACAGCAAGAUUCCGUCCAAGCAUCAGCAUGCGUUGUGGUACGGAGGUCUGCGUGGCGCCAUGGCCUUCGCGUUGUCUCUCCAGUCCGUGACGGACUUGCCGGACGGCCACGGCAAGAUUUUCCUCACCACCACGCUCUUCACGGUCCUCUUCACGGUUCUGACCAUCGGCGGGUCGACCGGCAGCAUGCUUAAGCUGCUCAAGAUCGAAACAGAGGAGGAGAUACAGACGCGGGAAAGAGAACGGCAAGCGCAGCAAAAGGGCAUCAAGGCGCCGGAAGAUAUUGAAGACCAGGACGAAGACGUCGAGCCUCGCAAAGGUCUUGUGAGCCCUGCGCGCAUUCAGGCCAAGAUGAAGAAGAAGUUCAGGAAGCUGAAGAAAACUGCGAACUUCGAACACAUCGACCGGAAGUUCCUGAAACCUAUCUUCACGGGGACCAGCGACAGCGAAGCGAGCGCAAGUGAGACGGAGGGGAGUCCUGCGGGGCAUGGGGAAGCCGCGAAAAUGAUCGAGCUAACCACUGCCCGCUCGCUGACACGGCUGGCCAACAGCAGCAUCCUGAUGCAGCCAACACUGGAAGCCAGCGAAGAUAACGAGGUGGAUGACCGUGAUAGCGUCCGAUUGAUUGUUCCCACAUCCGAUUCUAGGGGCGCCGCCAAGCGGCGAUCAACGGGAUACUAG